AUCACAACCACAUAUCAAAAUCAACACUCACUAACAGCUAAACAAGCACACCUCUUCCUCUUCUUUUUCAUCUUCCUUUAAAGACCCUUUCUUCAUCACCCCUUCAUUUGCAUAGAUACAAUGGCUUCAACUGAUGAAAUUGCACUUGAUAUCCCAAAUUUCAUGCGAGUGUACAAAGAUGGCCGCAUAGAGCGUCUAACCGGCACCGACGUCGUUCCCCCAUCUCUCGAUCCAACGACCGGCGUCUCGUCCAAAGACAUAGACAUCAUUCCAGAAUUAGGUGUGUCGGUCCGACUCUAUCUUCCCAAACUCACCGCGACAAGUACAAAACUUCCAGUUCUCGUGUACUACCACGGCGGGGGCUUUGUAAUCGAGAGUCCCUUCUCGCCUACAUACCACAAUUAUCUCAAUUCGUUAGUCGCCGAGGCUAACGUCAUCGCCGUGUCGGUUCACUACAGAAGAGCUCCUGAGCAUUUUCUCCCUGCAGCCUACGAUGACUCAUGGGCCGCGCUCCAGUGGACCGUCUCUCAUGCCGAUGGCGGUCCGGAAGCCUGGCUCAGAGACCAUGGUGACUUCACACGGGUUUUUGUUGCUGGUGAUAGCGCUGGUGGUAACAUCGUCCAUGAUAUGGUGAUGCGUGCUGGGAGCUGUGAAUUGGGCCAUGGCGUGAAGAUCUACGGUGCGAUUUUGAUUCAUCCGUUUUUCUGGGGAGAAGAGGCGAUUGGAAAUGAGAUGAAGAAUCCAGCUGCGAAGGGUAUAAUAGAUGCGAUAUGGAAGUAUGUGUGUCCUUCUACGGUGGGCCUUGAUGAUCCACUUAUCAAUCCAAUCUCUGGCAUGGCACCGAGCCUUUCGAGGUUAGGUUGCGGACGAGUGAUUGUUUGUGUGGCGGAGAAGGAUUCUUUGAAGGACAGAGGAUGGGUUUAUUAUCAUACGUUGGCUUCGAGUGGAUGGGAAGGGACGGUGGAGAUUUUAGAGACGGAAGGAGAGGAUCAUGUGUUUCAUAUGUUCAACCCUGGAAGUGAGAAAGCUGUGGAGAUGCUGAAGCGUUUGGCUGCAUUUCUCAAUCGCUGAUGGUUCUGUUUUGUUGUAUCGUUCUUGUUAUUUUUCUAUCUUUUGGACGUUGAUGUUGUUAGCUCUAAGGAGAAAGUGUUUUUGGGGAAAACGAAUACAUUUCUGGUGAGUCUGGAUGCCGUAUGGAAGAGGAUUGCGGAUUGUAAGUCUCGUAUAGUUAACUUUAAAUAAAUCGUAUUUUACUCAGCAAUGGCAAUGAGUGUCCGACCUUCAAAUUGCAGUUGGGUUACUUUCAAGGUUGUUAAC